AUGGGCUAUUUAUUUUCGGUUUCCGAUCUUGAGAGUAGCUUAUAUGAGGUUAUAAGUAGUCACAAUAAUGUCAGUUAUUGUGGAUUACGAUCGUGUAACCUAAUUCGACUACGGUAUAAUAUGGCUAAAUACCGCACCCGGGCUGUAACAGAAAUCUCUUUGUGGCGACUUAAUAUUUCGAUUGUUAAUUUGCAGUACACAGAAUUAAGGUACCUUAGGUUAGCCCAAGACGGAGAUGAAAAUGGUAACAAAUCUUUUAAUGUAGGUGGUCUGAGUUUUGGUCCUCCGGAUUUAAAACAUUCAUAUGAGGACGCACAAAAGUUGGCUCUCACUCGACUACCGCAAGCAGUUUUUGGUAAUACCAUUAUUUGCUGUUUUGGCCCAAUUCGUGGAAUGUUUGAGGUGAAGUCGUUUUCGGAACUCUGGUCCAUUAUCCGUCAAGAUCCUAUACGUUUGGAAACUCCGGUCCGUUAUCCGUCAAAAUCUUAUACUUUUAGGAACUCUGGUCCGUUAUCCGUCAAGAUCCUAUACUUUUGGGCACUCUGGUCCGUUAUCCGUCAAGAUUCUAUACUUUGGGGAGCUAUGGUCCGUUAUCCCUCAAGAUCCUAUACUUUUGAGAACUCUGAUCUGUUAUCCGUUACGAUCCUAUGGUUUGGGAUGAUCUAA